AUGGGAGGACAUGAGGAAGGAUGGCCUGAGCCAAGUGGGCUGCUACCGAAUGGGCUCUUGCCCAAUGCCGGACCGGUGAUUCCUUUGCUGGACUCCGAUAGAUGGUUAAGGGCAGAAGAGCGAACUGCAGAGCUUAUAGCCUGCAUUCAGCCAAACCAACCAUCGGAGGAACGCCGGAAUGCGGUUGCUGAUUAUGUCCAGAGGCUUAUCGUAAAGUGCUUUCCUUGCCAGGUUUUUACUUUUGGCUCUGUACCGUUGAAGACCUACCUACCUGAUGGUGAUAUUGACUUAACGGCUUUCAGUAAUAACCAAACCUUGAAAGAUUCCUGGGCGAAUCAGGUUCGAGAUAUGCUGGAGAGUGAGGAAAAAAAUGAGCACGCCGAGUUCCGUGUGAAGGAGGUCCAGUAUAUUCAGGCUGAGGUGAAGAUAAUAAAAUGUCUUGUCGAGAACAUUGUUGUUGACAUAUCUUUUAAUCAGCUUGGUGGACUUUGUACCCUAUGCUUCCUUGAGGAGGUUGAUAAUUUGAUCAAUCAGAACCAUUUAUUUAAGCGUAGCAUUAUAUUGAUUAAGGCGUGGUGUUACUAUGAGAGUCGAAUACUUGGUGCUCAUCAUGGACUGAUUUCCACUUACGCUCUUGAGACCCUCGUCCUUUACAUAUUUCACGUUUUCAACAACUCCUUCACCGGGCCACUUGAGGUCCUAUAUCGUUUUCUGGAGUUCUUUAGUAACUUUGACUGGGAUAACUUCUGUGUUAGCUUGUGGGGGCCUGUACCGAUCAAUGCACUUCCUGACGUUUCUGCGGAGCCACCUCGAAAGGACAGUGGUGAAUUGCUACUUAGCAAACUGUUUCUUGAUGCAUGUGGUACUGUUUAUGCCGUUUAUCCCGGUGGCCAGGAAAAUCAGGGUCAACCGUUUGUUUCUAAACAUUUCAACGUGAUAGAUCCUUUACGCGUUAACAACAAUCUUGGGCGUAGUGUUAGUAAAGGUAAUUUCUUUAGAAUUCGUAGUGCCUUUGCAUUUGGUGCUAAGAGAUUGGCUAGAUUACUUGAUUGCCCAAAGGAGGAUCUAAUUAGUGAAGUAAAUCAAUUCUUUAUGAAUACAUGGGAGAGACAUGGCAGUGGUCCUCGGCCUGAUGCUCCAACUACUGACCUGUGUAAGCUGAGAUUGGCUGCUCCAGAUCAGGGAUCCGAGCCUGGUAUUGUUAGGAGAAAUACUAGCAGCAAGAAGUUAGGUGGCAACUUUUCAGUUCACGGGGUGGACACGGAGGAGGCUCAUGCCCCUUCUACUGUCCCAAGACGUGGUAGUAAUUUGUCUGCCAGCAUAUCUAAAAUGCGCGAGUUGUCUUCAGCCUCGCAGAGACAGAAGAACCAUGGAGAUUUGAAUAGCUCAAGGGUUGUGUCUGAUUCAGUUGCAAGGGAAACCAUGUCAAAUCAUGUUCAGCAUUCUGAGAAAGUUCAGAGAAAUGUGAAAUCUGAUCACUUGGUGAAUGACAUCCAGGAGAGAUUUGUUUUUGCUAGAACACGAUCUAGUCCUGAGCUCACGGAGACUUAUGGUGAUGUCUCUUCUCAAUUAAGACGCAAUAGAGUAGUGCCUGAGAGUGCAAAACUGCAAUCUACUUCUUCAAGGCUGGAUGUCCAUAACCGGAGGAAGAACAAUGCUGGCGCUGAAAGUUUGGCUACUAGCCAUAGUGGUCGGUCUUCGAAUGAAGAUUCUUCAUCUGUAAGGCAUGCGCUUUCUCAUCAAAGCCUUGAUGCGACAGCUGAAUCUGUUAGCGGUUCAAAUAGCUAUGUCCAGGAUUCGGGUUUUGAUGUUCAAGAAGAACGUUCCUCCACAAUUGGAGCUCCAGGGAUGAUGCAUCAGGAGGAGCAAGAUCUUGUAAAUAUGAUGGGAUCUACUUCACUUCAUGGUUUCAACGGCCAAGUUCCUAUGCCUUACAAUUUAGCCUCGGCCCAAAUUCCUUUUCCGAUUUCACCAUCUUUCCUGGCCUCAAUGGGAUAUACUCAGAGAAAUAUGCCUGGAUUGGUUCCUGCAAAUAUUCCUUUGAUAGAUCCUUCAUUCUCGAACAUGCAGUUUCAUCAUGGUUUGGUUUCUCCAGCUUUAACACAUUAUUAUCCGGGCAUGGGAUUGAACUCGAACUCGGAAGAAACAAUUGAGGGAAGCGGUGAGGAUUUUGGAUCCAUGCAGAUGAAUCCCGCUGAGGCUGAUAACGAUUACUGGCAGGAGCAGGAAGUUGGUCCUUCAGGUGGAGUCUUUGAGGCUGAAAAUGGAAAUCUUGAAUUUCCGCACUCAGAUGAGAGACAACAUUCGACAUUUCCCGGCUUUAACUUUGUUCCCCCUUGGAUAAGUGGUGGUUCUGGAGGUUCUAUUAGAGUUCAGCAAAAACAUAGCAAGGAAAAACAUGGGCCUCUGCUGGAAGAAUAUCUCGAUGAAUUUAAAUUUCAAGAUAAAAGAAGCGAACUUCAUUCUGAAGACAGAUCAACUAGCUCAAGGUUCUCAUCUGCUGCUCAUAGUAAUGCAAUUAGAAGUAGAACCUCUUCAGAGAGUUCCUGGGAUGGUUCGACGAGUAAGGUGUCGAAGUCAACCAGUAGGGAGAGACGAGGUAAGAAAGUAGCUGCUGGUGAGUCAACCGUUGGAUAUGGAAAGGGUAAAGGUAUGUCUGAAAAUACUACUCAAGGCGAUGAUGAUGACCAGGAGUGGAAUAAUGCCCAUUCGAUAAUGGGUUCCGCAGACAUGGCCGCAGAGAGAAGUCCGAGAGCUCAGUCUGUUUCUUCAUUGCAUCUCCCUAGACACCAUCUUGUGCCUGGCUAUGACACUUCUUCUCAAGCUAGUGGAUCGGAUUCCAUGGUGCCUAUUGCAUCAAUGCUUGUGGGAGCGGCUGGGUCCAGGCAAAGGAUGACUGACAAUUCUGGUGUCGUUGCGUUUUACCCUACUGGACCUCCUGUCCCUUUUCUCACCAUGCUUCCAGUAUACAAUAUACCACCUGAAACUGGUGAUACAUCAUCGAGUCAUUUUGGAGGAGAUGAUGUCUUGGACAACAGUGAUUCCCAUCACAACUUUGACACAUCCGAUGAUCUUGAUCAUCAGUCAGGGGAUGUUAAUUCUUCCGCACCAUCGUUCAGAAUGCCUACUAACCCUGUUGACAUCUCUGAGGAGCACAAGUCCGAUAUUCUAAAUAGUGACUUCGCAAGCCAUUGGCAAAACCUGCAGUAUGGCAGAUAUUGCCAAAACCCCCGAUACCACGGGCCCGUUAUGUAUCCCUCUCCGGUCAUGGUUCCUCCUAUGUAUCUCCAAGGUCGUUUCCCAUGGGAUGGUCCUGGCAGACCUGUUUCAGCCAACAGUAACCUCUUCACUCAGUUAAUGAGUUAUGGUCCUAGGCUGGUUCCGGUUGCCCCUUUACAGUCUGUUCCGAAUAGACCUCCAAAUGUUUAUCAACGGUAUGUAGAGGAAAUGCCUAGGUAUCGCGCUGGGACUGGGACUUAUCUUCCGAACCCUCAGAAAGUUUCUCCUCGGGAUCGCCACUCUUCUGGUGGCAGAAGAGGGAAUUAUAACUACGACAGAAAUGACAGUCAUGGGGAUAGAGAAGGGAACUGGAAUGGGAACUCAAAAUCACGAGCUGCUGCUCGCGGUCACAACCGCAACCAAAGUGAUAAGUCAAACUCGAGAUUAGAUCGAUUCUCCUCCAAUGAGAGCCGAGCAGAUAAUAGAUCUUGGAGUUCAUACAACAGACAACAUGAUUCGUUUUCUUCGUACCAGAAUGGUCCUUUGCGUUCUAACUCUAGCCACCAGAAUGGCCCUCCUAAUGUUGGUUACAGUAUGUAUCAGUUACCGCAAAUGAACCCCGGUGGAGUGUCAUCCAAUGGACCUAGUGUUCCGCCUGUUGUGAUGCUGUAUCCUUUUGACCACAAUGCCACUUUUGGUUCGCACGGUGAACAACUUGAAUUUGGAUCUUUGGGGCCGAUAGGUUUUGCUGGUGUGAAUGAACAACCUAAUUUUGGUGAGGCUACCAGAACAAGGGGAGGAGCGUAUGAUGAACAUAGAUUUCAUGGAGACUCUGGUCAAAGAUCUUCUCCUGAUCAGCCAUCUUCCCCACACCAUCACAGGAGGAUUUGA